CCAAUCUUAUAUAACUUCUAUUGUUAAAGACUAUAUACAUCUUGCAAGUUUUUCUUUUCUUAUACAUAUAAUUUUUACCUAUUUUUCUUCAUAUCGGUCUCAUCUAUUAUAUCACAUCACUUAUUAGUUAUUAUAUCACACAUUUCUCUAUCCUUUAUUUCUAUACUUCUCUAGACAUUUUCCUCCAUUGGGUUAGCUUCUAUUCUGUCUUCCAAUGUACUUUCAUCUUCUAUCGAAUGAAUUUCUAUGGUUUGAUUUCAAUAAACAAUUUUUUUUUUACCUAAACAAUAAUCCACAUGCUCCAAUCUCCUCACCCCAUUCCCAAUCCUUUUAUGAAUCAACUCAAAUCAAUGUUUCCAAUCACAACACCAUUUCCAUUCCCUUCUCAUCGAAAAUCACAAUGCCAAUUUCAUCAUCACUAUCCAUUCAUCUAACCCCAAACCCUCCCAUUCUCCAAUUCCAACCCAAACCCAAACCCCAAUUCCAAUUUCAAUUUCCGAAGCGCGUUUCCCUCAGAAUCCAAAGCUCCACCAAAACCCAACAAACCCUGCAAUUCCUCAAACCGUACCUCGCCUCACAGCACAAACCCAUCCUCUAUGGCUGGCUCUGCAGCGCAAUCUCCGUCUACUCACUCUCCAACCUCCUCUCGAGAUUCUCCGCAAUCACCACCGCCUCCGUUACAGCCACCGACGCCGCCGCGCUCGGCGGAUUCGUGCUUGCUCGCUUGGUCGCCACUUACGCGCAGCACGCGCUUCUCUGGGAAGCUUCUCUCCACGCCGUUUACAACGUUCGCGUUGACGUGUUCGACCGCGUGCUGCAGAGGGAACUCGCGUAUUUCGAAGCAAACGACGCCGUUUCCGCUGGCGAUAUCGCGUAUCGAGUUACCGCUGAAGCUUCUGACCUUGCCACUACUCUCUACACUCUUCUUAAUACCAUAGUACCCAGUACUUUGCAGUUGUCGGCAAUGGUAAUGCAGAUGUUGGCUAUAAGUCCUGUCCUUUCGUUGAUUUCAGCCACUGUUAUUCCUUGCAUGGGUCUGGUUGUUGUCUUUCUUGGUCAAGAACUUCGCAAGAUAUCUAAAGAGUCACAUCUUAGCGUUGCUGCUAUCUCAUCAUAUCUAAAUGAGAUGCUGCCAGCAAUUCUCUUUGUGAAAGCAAACAAUGCAGAGUUGUGUGAGAGUGCCAGAUUUAAAAGAUUAGCUCUGACGGACUAUUCUGCAAAGCUGAACAAGAAAAGGAUGAAAGCAAUCAUUCCUCAGGUUAUACAAGCUAUUUAUUUAGGAGUCCUUUCCAUACUUUGCGCUGGUUCACUGGUGAUUUCAAGAGGUUCAUUUGAUCGCCGUAGCCUGAUUUCAUUCGUGACAUCCUUGCUUUUCUUGAUUGAGCCCAUUCAGGAUGUAGGAAAAGCUUACAAUGAAUGGAGGCAGGGAGAACCAGCCGUUGAACGCCUGGUUGCUUUGACCACGUUCAAAAAUGAGGUGGUUGAGAAACCAGAUGCUGUUCAUUUGGACCAUGUUACAGGGGACUUGAAAUUCUGUGAUGUCUCCUUUAAGUAUAAUGAUGACAUGCCACAUGUUUUAAAUGGAUUGAAUCUUCACAUUAAGACUGGAGAGAUAGUUGCUAUAGUGGGUCCUUCUGGUGGAGGGAAAACAACACUUGUAAAACUGUUGCUCCGGCUUUAUGAUCCUAUAUCUGGUUCUAUACUGGUUGAUAAUCGUAAUAUCCAAAACAUCCGGUUGCAAAGUUUAAGAAGACAUGUUGGUGUUGUUUCUCAAGAUAUAACGCUUUUUUCAGGUACAGUUGCUGAAAACAUUGGUUAUAGGGAUCUUACAACAAAAAUCGACAUGGAGAGGGUGAAUCAUGUAGCUCAAACAGCUCAUGCAGAUGAGUUUAUUAUAAAUCUUCCUGAAGGAUACAAAACCAAUAUUGGACCAAGGGGCUCAACUUUAAGUGGGGGCCAGAGGCAAAGGCUGGCUAUUGCAAGGGCUCUCUAUCAGAAUUCUUCUAUAUUAAUUCUGGAUGAGGCAACUUCUUCCUUAGAUAGUAAAUCUGAGUUAUUAGUGAGACAAGCUGUUGAGCGGUUGAUGGAAAAUCGCACGGUGCUUGUGAUCUCCCAUCGCUUGGAAACUGUUAUGAUGGCUAAAAGAGUAUUACUUUUGGAUAAUGGGAAGCUAGAAGAGCUGCCUCGUUCAACUAUGUUGAACGGGAAUAUGAAUUCAUUCCUUUCAUCUGGGCUUGUUAUUUGAAAAUUUCUUGCACGGCGAUAUAUUCACAUCUGUGUAUUCUAGUAGCAUACUAGUUUAUCAUCUUACUUAUUGGACCACUUGUAACUUGUUCACUGAAUUUUAACUGAUCAAUAAAAAUAAAAGUGUCGACGAAAAAAUGUUAAAGUGAGUGUUGAUAACAUUUCUCUUUUACUA